UCGUUACCGCCUGCUGUUGACAGGAACUUCCGGUUCAGAUAUCUGUUUGAUUUCUGGCGGUUCGUUUUGAACGUCUAAAACCGCAAAAGAUAUGAUAAGUUGUAUUAAGUUUUAACGAAAAACCUUUUUGUCCACACGAUGGACGCACAAGCCAGAUCUGUUCUAUAUCGGAUAUUUCGGAGAAUACCGAACAGAAAUAUAGAAAACCUUUUGAAGAGAUGGAAUUGUUUAUCAGCAGAUCAGCUGCGCGCUCUGGAUUACACGAGACCCAAAUGGAUGAUAGUAGAACAUGUCAUCAGCUUCUGUGAGGAGAGCAGACUUAGCCUGAAGCACAUCACUAAUUUGGAAAUGAUCUAUCAUAUAGAAACCCCUGAUCAAGGCAUCUGGCAUGCAUGUCAGCUUACUGAAGCACAAGAUGAUGCAGUUUGUGUAGAGUUGACACAGUUUAAAGAGCAGUUUAAAGCACACUUGCAUGGGGUCAUUCGGCAUAUUUCCAUUAAGAUGAAGAAACAUGAGGAUGAAGCUAUAUGGAUUCGGAUUGCCUGGGGAGACAACUUCAACAAACCCAAUCACCUUAAGCCAACUUAUGUUGUGCACCACCUGCACACUUCCUAUGUGUUUAUAUCCAACCUCAUGGCCAAACACAAGAUCUUUCUAUUUCAGGCAUUAGUAAUAGCCACAAAACAUGGCUCUAUAAAGGAUGGCCACCUGAGCACCAAAAGUCUCACUGCAAUGAGGGACUUGCUUCUGAGACGUUAUCAGCAGGUUUUUCCAAAUGCUCACUCAGGGAUCCUACAAGAAAGAAACAGUCUUCCAUCACACCCCUCUAUUGGAAAGGAACACAGAGAACAUGAAGAGAGAAGACAUCAGAUGGCCUGUGAGGUGUUUGGACACGGCCCUACACCAAAGCUAGAAACGGCUGUGUAUAGACUUGAGACAAGGUACAGAGGAAAUAGCAACUACACCCUCAGUGAAAAAGAGGAGUUCUUGAGAGGGGUGGUCAAGUUCUCAAGCAGCAGUCUGUUAGAGUCCUUACGCCACUGUGUCGCUUCAGGCAUGGCUGAAGGUCCUGUCACUCCGCUAUUGUCUGCCAUUACUCAGAGAGGAAGGAAUUAUUUUGUUAUCACAGACAAAGGCCCUGGUGUUUCCAGCCAAGCAUCAGCACAGAGAGCCUGAUAUAGACAACUGCAUUGCAGAGGAAAAUCAGGUCAACUAGGAUGUGCAUACAUGAGAAUAUAUUGUGCCAUCUGCGUCUUACAAAGAUGAUAACAUUAGAGUAGCCAUGUCUAUAGUCUUGAUGUCAUCAGUAUUGUCCCCGAGUCUGUAAUGAUCAACAGGGGAGAAUGUUUUUUUUACAAUUACAAUUAACCUUGGUAAUACAGCAUGUAUUAUUUUUAGUGUCAUUUUUAGCAAUG